CUUUCCGCACACACACACACACACGCGUAAAGCGCACACACACGGAGCCGUAUACAUGCCACAUACCGCGCGCGCGCUCACUCCAGACUCCGGAGCCUGGAGAGAAAAGAAGGUAAAAAAAAACCAAUAAUCCCAGAGUUUUCGACCCAGACCCGCGCGCGUUGUUCCUCAAUCUCCUAAUCUGGAUUAUUAUGCUUAAGAUUUGACGUUCUUUUUUGUUUUGUUUUGGUUUUUAUUUGUAUUUUGUCCUUUGGCGCGCGCUCGCGCUCGCGCUGUCUCGGAUGACUCCCUGCACCGGAAUGCGCCGCGGACGCGGCACGCGUGGCUUGGGGAUACAGCGCGAGACCGUCCAUGUAGAUUCAUCAUCAUAACUAAGGCAGCCAUCCUCUAACAGCGUCCCUCAAGUGCCCGAGACCACUGUAAAGCCUCGCUCUUCCAUUCACUAUAUUCUUCUGUUCCGCUCUCCCUCCAUCUCCCGCUCUACAUGGAGGCAGGGCGAUUAUGGAGACAGACUGAAAGUCCGCUCACAGGGAGCUUCAACGCAUCAGAAUCCCAAAUCCCUUUGGCUCCGACACUGUCGAGGAUGAUGGACAAUCAGUCAUACAGCAUGUCAAACCAGACCGUGCCGUUUUUCGGCAGCAGCAUGGUGAUGACGGCGGCCAUAUCUGUGACCGUGUUCAUCGUGGGUCUCAUAGGUAACACUCUGGCCAUCUACGUGGUUCUGCGCUACGUCAAGAUGAAGACUGUGACCAACAUCUACAUCCUGAACCUGGCCAUUGCUGAUGAGCUUUACAUCCUUGGCCUACCGUUCCUGAGUACUCAGAAUGUCCUAUCCUACUGGCCGUUCGGAUCCUUCCUGUGCCGUGUAGUCAUGACAACCGAUUCGCUCAACCAGUUCACCAGCAUCUUUUGCCUCACGGUUAUGAGCAUCGACCGUUACCUGGCUGUGGUUCACCCGCUGCGCUCCAGCAGGUGGCGUCGGCCCCGUGUGGCCAAAAUGGUAAGCGCUGCAGUCUGGGCCACGUCGUUCGUAGUGGUUCUGCCUGUGGUGAUCUUCUCUGACGUUCAGGACAUGUUCAAUUCCUGCAACAUGAGCUGGCCUGAGCCGCGCAACCUUUGGCCAGUAGCAUUCAUCCUUUACACAUCUGUGCUUGGCUUCUUCGCACCGUUGCUCGUGAUAUGCGCAUGCUACAUCCUCAUCGUCGUGCGGGUGAAGGCUUCGGGAGCACGGGCCGGAUUCGGGAGGCGGCGCCGCUCCGAGCGUAAGGUGACGCGCAUGGUGGUGGUCAUCGUGGUGGCUUUCGUGCUCUGCUGGCUGCCCUUCUACAUGAUCAACAUUGUCAACCUCAUAUUCAUCCUGCCUGAGAACAGCGUGAUGGUGGGCGUCUAUUUCUUCUCAGUUAUCCUCACCUACGCCAACAGCUGCGCCAACCCGGUUCUCUACGGCUUCCUGUCCGAUAACUUCAGGCAGAGUUUCCGGAAGGUUCUGUGUCUACGCAGGGCUAACGGUGUGGAGGACGGGGAGCCGAGCGCACCACGCACUGACAAAACGAGCGCCUUCGAUGGCUUCCUUCCUGUCAGGAACGACCAUUUUAAUGGGCAUGUGCAGAACAACCAGGACAUGCAGUUGGAGCCGUGCUCUGGUGAAACAUCGAAACCAGUGAAAUCUAAAGUGAUUGGCCAGUCCUCACUUUAAACCCCACCCCCUUUCUCACUCACUUUGUCUCCAUGCCAUCACAAUUCUUCCCUGUCUCUCUGUCCAUCCACCCAUAUGGUCUGUCUGUCAUUUCUUCCUGAUGAAGGUGGAGCCUCAGACCCCGACUCCACCCACCGACACUCCAUCCUUGCUGACAGAACAGCUCAGCCUUCAACCUCAUCCAGGUCCAUGACCUCUGGUGAGUAGAGGAUUGUGGGUACAUGGUCGUGACUGGAACGCCCAGCAGGAUGGAGGAAGGUGGAGAGGUUGUGUUGUCUGUGCAAACUGCAGGAGGCAAGAACGAGACGUGAGUGAGACAUACAUGCUGAGAGCUUUACGAACUUCGCCAAUGUUCACCGAGGAAGUCAGCAAUCCUCGGUGUGAGUCAGCGGUGUACCGGGAUGAAGUGAAGGCUGCUGCUCCUGAUUGACCAGAGAUGCCAAUUUCUGACAAACUCAUAGCAUAUCACACACACACACACACACACACACUCACAUUACAGAAACAACAAACCACAGGCUUUCUUUCUGUUUGUCAGGUUAUAGCUUGUCUCAGAAUCCCAGACCCUGCUAGCAACUGCUGCUCCGUGUCUCUCACGCUGCUCCCCCUAAGGACCUCAGACUCAUUGACUCAAAUGUUUCAGCAUGUGUUUUUUCACAUGAACUUCAGCUUCAAGCUUGAUCAAGACCACAACAUUGUGGACACACGUCAUCCCAAAUUGUCCAUGACGUUCCUGGAACACUCACAGACUCAUCGACUCUGUAUGUUUUAAACACAAUAACUAAUUUUGACCAAAAAAAAAAAAAAAGAAAGAAAGAUGCCUCCAUCUGAGUUCAGACCAAAUAUUUCAUCCCUCUUUCACCAGCAAUGUUGCGUCUUUGUGACAGACAGGAUGCAGUAUGAGUGAGUUGUCUGCUGAUGGGAUGCUGUGUUAUCUAGCCUCACUCCUGGACUUCUGCUUUCACCUACCUAAUACAAGAGUGAGAUUUGGGGCGUUGCCUUGGGAAUGUUGGGCCUUGCAAGCCUUUGGAAGCCAUAACUGUGUGAUCCAUUAUCUGCAUGAUUGACUUUUAUUAAAAAAAGUGUGAGCUCUUUUUUAUCUGGAAGGCCAUGCUUUCUUUACUGGGACUGACACACAGAGGCCAAGCCUCCUUCAUUAUGACUGACACUUAGAGGCCACACCUCCUACAUUGGGAUUGACACUUAUAGGUCACACCUCCUUCAUUGGGACUGACACUUACAGGCUACACCUCCUUCAUUGGGACUGACACUUAUAGGUCACACCUCCUUCAUUGGGACUGACACUUAGAGGCCACACCUCCAUUGGGACUGACACUUACAGGCUACACCUCCUUCAUUGGGACUGACACUUAGAGGCCACACCUCCAUUGGGACUGACACUUACAGGCCAUUAUUAUAUCCUUAUAAAUAUUGGCAUCCGAUUGUAAAUCUGUGAAUAUUCUACAGCCCAGUUUAAUGUGAUUUAUUUUUAUAUGUGCAGUAGGUUUUUGAGAGAGAGAGAGAGAGAGAGAGAGAGAGAGAGAGAGGUGCUGCUGUAAGGACACAAUGUAUUACAGUGUAAAUGGGUUGAAGUGCCUUUUCCGAGUCAAAGGGAUGAAGUGGUGUCACAGUACUUGAUGUACAGACAAUCAGCUGCUUGCCUUAUGUGGCUUGUUUGUCCUAAUAUCUUGUUUAUAUGUGUCUUUUUCCCUCGCUGCAUGCAUUUCUGCCCACGCCCCUCCCAUCCCCACCCUCAACCCGCCCCUCCCAUCCCCACCCUCAACCCGCCCCUCCCAUCCCCACCCUCAACCCGCCCCUCCCAUCCCCACCCUCAACCCGCCCUUAACCCCGCCCUUUUACCAGGUCUGUUUGUUUUUUAAAAGACUGUAUAAAAAUGUUUGCAGAUAUUAAUUUGUGUUUGUGAUCAAACAUUGGUCUGGUCAACCUUUUCCUCUGUUACAAUUUAUAUCGAUGUGUAAAAUCCUUGUAUGUAAACUCUACAUACUGUAUCUCACACACACACACACACACACACACACACACACACACGCUUCUCAUCACUUUACCAGAAUCUGUGAAAGAAUUUUUUUUCUGUGUUACUACAAAAGUGUUUGAUUAAUGUGUGUGUGUGUGUGUGUGUGUGUGUGUGUGUGUGUGUGUGAUAUGUGAUAUGUUUUGUUGCUGUAUAUGCUACAAAGAUUGUGUAUCGCUCAGUUGAUGUCUAAACUUGUAUAUCACUUUGGUUGGUUUGUGUGACAUCACGUCUCUCACAAGCACAAAGAAAGAAGAGCAGCUAGAUAAAUGAUCACGCUGUUGCGAACAAACGCAGAUUAUUCAGGACAUUUGGGGAAAACGACUUGCAAUCUCUCUCCACUUAGAGACACGGUUUGUUUCACAGCAUGACACAAAACCAGCAGGUUCUUGUUCCCUCACCCACCUUUCUGUAUUCUCUCUCUGAAACUAAAUAAGACAAAAUAAAACCACACACAGCUUGUCACAUAAAGAGUCUCCAAAACAAUUUCCAGCAUUUCCUCCGACUGCUUACAGAACGCUGACACUGGAGACUCCUUCCAAACAAAUGUGGAGUAUCUGUGAUACAAGUGCCUGUGAAUUAACUGUGAUUUACUGUGAUUUAAACAAUGACGUGUGAGAUGGUUAAAGCUGCUGAGAAAAUGAAUCAACACAUUCUGACCAAUCAGAAUGCAGCAUCGCUGUACAGUAACACAAAUCCUGUAAUUCUUAGAAAUUUUAAGGAAACAUCCAGAAAAUCAUCUUAGCGCUACUCAAUAGGGUGUUUCAAAUAAACGGUCCCCUGGUUCCUAGUAAACCCCGUUUACACAGAAUCCUGGGUAGUUGUGUAGUUGUGACUUCUUGUUCAUUGAGCUCUCCUGACUCAACACCUCCGCUUUGUACAGAAGUGUUUAUUUUCUUUUUGCCAAUAAAAUAUUGCAUCACAA